GGGAAUUCCCAGUCAGUAGGCCUAGUCUUCUGUGUCGAAGUGUUACUUCACUGUAUAUCUGUUCAGCACUUUAGAGCUCAGACGUAAAACCUAAGACAAGGGUGCUCGCAUAACAUGGAUGUGCAUUCCCUCUCAAUGCACAGGGACCCCAAUCUAAUGGGAGAUCCAUGUGCUCAAAUCUUUGAGCAGCCAAAACAGAGAGGCAUGCGCUUCAGGUAUAAAUGUGAGGGUCGUUCAGCAGGCAGCAUACCUGGAGAAAGAAGCUCAGACAAUAACAGAACCUACCCAAGCAUUCAGAUUCUAAAUGUUACAAGGAAAGGAAAAGUCCGUGUUACCCUGGUGACCAAAAGCGAGCCAUAUAAACCACAUCCUCAUGAUCUGGUGGGAAAGGACUGCAAGGAUGGUUAUUAUGAGGCAGAGUUUGGACCUGAACGAAGAGUCAUCGCUUUUCAGAAUCUGGGUAUCCAGUGUGUGCGGAGACGAGAAGUGAGAGAUGCCAUAAUGCAGAGGAUUGCACGAAGAAUCAACCCCUUUAAUGUUCUCCGGGAACAGCUGUUACAGACUGAGGAGUAUGAUCUGAAUGUGGUGCGUCUUUGCUUCCAAGUUUUCCUGCAAGAUGAGACCGGGAUGUACAACACCACCCUGCCUCCCAUCGUCUCCAACCCCAUCUAUGACAACAGGGCCCCGAAUACAGCCGAACUGCGAAUCUGCCGGGUGAACAAGAACAGUGGCAGUGUAAAGGGAGGUGAUGAGAUUUUCCUCCUCUGCGAUAAAGUGCAGAAAGAUGACAUUGAGGUGAGGUUCUUCACUCAGACCUGGGAGGCCAAAGGCUCCUUCUCUCAGGCAGACGUACACCGGCAAGUGGCCAUAGUGUUCAAGACACCCGCCUACUAUGACACCGCCAUCACAGCCCCUGUCACAGUGCGCAUGCAGCUGCGCCGGCCCACAGACCAGGAGGUCAGUGAGCCCAUGGAGUUCCGCUAUCUCCCCGAUGACAAAGAUCCAUAUCGCUGUCAAGAGAAGAAACGUAAAAUUGAAAGCCAGAUGAAAUCCUUCUCUAGCUUCUCCCAAGGAUCCAUGAGCUUCAUGAACAGACAAAAAGCAGUGCCUUCACCAAGCAUGAUAAAUCAGAGAAUCAAACUCGAGCAACAAAAUUAUUAUAGUCCAUCCAGUCAUGGGGUGAUGCGCCAAAAUCUAACAGGCUAUUAUAACAAAACCCCUCCAUCCUGCUCCAUGAUGCCACCCCUAACAGAACCCCUACCGUCAGGGACACUCAGUCAAGCAUGGACCACUCCAAUCGCCAGCACCGCCAGAGCCAGUAAUGGAGUGGGCCUACAGCAGGUGAACCCAAGUCCCAGUAUGCCCACCACAGGGGAAAGUGGAAACAGCCUUCCUGUGCUGACCGCUAUGGAUCUAGAGAUUCUUCAACCUGAUGGCCAAAAUAGCAGCCAGCCUCGACAGGACCAACUGAACCAGCAGGUCCAGCAAACGCAACAGCCACCUCAAAGACAAGGCGUAGAAGUAGCUCAUAAUUGGUAUAACUAUGGCCACCAACAGCCUCAAAGCACACAGAAUGGGGCAACAGGCACCGGUGGGUCAAUGGGAACUGGCAACAUGUAUGCAGUUAACAUAGAUGAUGAUUUGUUUCACCUGAUGGGUAAUCAUCAGCCAGGCCAACCACUAAAGCAGGAAACUCAAGGGCCGAGCAAUAUGGCUGUGUUGGGGCCCAGCUCGGACUGUGGGCAAUCCUUCACCGCGCUCCUGAACUCCACCACCACCAAUGGAAGUACCGCAGAGACCAUGAGACAAAUGGAAGCUGGUGGGCCCAAUCAGAGGGUCCCGCAGAUUCCGUACCCUGCCAGCAGCAUGGGGCAGGAGAGCCAUCUCGAUUCUUUUGUCUGGUCAUUCUUCCCCGAAUAGAGUGGAAUUCCAGAAGUGUUCAAGAUGUUCAUGAUUUUCUUCUUUAAAUAUAGGCUAUGAUUCAUGUUCACUUAAUGUAUUUCCUGAAAAUCAGGAGGGUUUGUUGUCUUGGAAAUACUGUAGGAUGCUGCAACCAAUUAGGUAAAGCAUUGAGAUUUUAUGAAACGUUUAUGUACAUAACAGUCUGAUAGUCAUAUUGGAGUAGUUUGGGGCUGUUUGUCCACAAAUGCUCAAUUAUGGCAGGGUAAUUGUGUUCCUUAACAUGGGAACUAGCAGGGAAUUGUCCCUGGGUAAUGGCUAUGUCAUUUUACACAUGCUUCUUAUCCAAGGUUCUCAAACAUACUGUUCAUAAAAGGGUUUUUAUCGGUAACUCAAGCGAUAUUAGGGCUUUCGAAAACUACGACCAAUGUCUCAUUCUAUUGUUACUUUAUUCAGCAUACACAUACGAAUUGUGGAGUUUGCUUAGACAUUGCAUUUUUGAGUGAGUUUUUGUAUUUUGAUCAAAUUAAAGUUUAUACUACUGAACAUGGAUUUUAUCGUUUCAUGUAUGUAAUGUUUGCUACAUUCUGAGCUGGGUUGUUGCUACAUUACUGAUAUGUGAAGAUGGCAAAUGUUUGUUUUCAUUCAUACUGGUUAUUUGAACGCAUUGUCUGUUUCUGUUUCACAUUCCAAAGUUCAGGUAAAUAAAAGUUGAAGCUCUCUAA